AUGAGCAAGUCCAUGGCGUAUGCACUCUCAGUCAUCCCUCAACCUGGUUCCGACGAAGGCGCAGCCGUCACCACAGCCGUUCCAUCUACUAGUCCGGCGGACGAGAAAACGUACAGUCGCCGCGGCGUAAACAUGUUUGCCAUCCUUGGACGACAGCUAGGGUCAAUGAAAGUACGGACGACGACCACCAACGUCUCAACGCCGCCACCCGAUGUCGAUCGUGUACUUUACGUCACCCUCCCUCCCCUCGUCCGCCACAGGGCCUGUGUGCAGGCGCUGGUGACCACUAAAGCUGCUCCACCACCUCCCUCCUUCAUCCGGCGAGAAGACGCUCUAGGACUCCCUCCCCGCCCCUCCCUCCCUGCCGCCCUGACUUCAUAUGUAAAAAAAACCAGUCUUGACAUGACCGUCACUUACUUAUAA